AUGUACAACCGCUUAGUGUACGGCCUGUCAUCUAGCCCUGGAAUCUUCCAAAGACAUCUAGAGCAAUUAUUUUCUGACCUGCCGCACGUGGGCGUAUUUUUGGACGAUAUCAUUAUUACGGGCAGCAGUACGCAAGCCCACGUGGACAACUUAUACAAAGUAUUCGAGCGAUUGCAAGCAUAUGGUUUGCGGAUCAGAAAAGAUAAGUGCGCUUUCUUUGAAGAGUCAAUUAAUUAUUUGGGCCACGUUAUUAGCAGGGAGGGUGUCCACACGUGCCCGGAUAAGGUUAGGGCCAUCGUGAAUACCCCGGCCCCUAGCACCGUGUCAGAGGUUCGAGCGUUCGUGGGUAUGAUAAUGUAUUACGGAAAGUUUAUAAAAAACGUUAGUACCUUGCUGACCCCAUUGUAUAAUUUGUUAAAGACCGGAACCAAAUUUGUUUGGAGCGCGAGUUGUCAGGAGGCGUUCAACAAGGUCAAACAAGUGCUGACUUCGAGUGAAGUUUUAGUGCACUAUUCGGGUUCUCUGCCUUUAGUUCUGACCUCAGAUGCAUCCGGGGUGGGGAUAGGUUGCGUCAUAUCGCACCUCACGCCGGAGGGUGAGCGACCGGUAGCUUACGCGUCGCGUACGCUUACUUCGGCCGAACGUGGAUACGCGCAGAUUGAUAGGGAAGCGCUAGCUUUAGUGUACGGUAUACGGAAAUUUCACCAAUAUUUAUACGGUCGUAAAUUUAUAUUGAGGACAGAUCACAAGCCGCUCACAUACAUCUUUGGCGAUAAAGUAGGCGUCCCGGUGAUGGCGGCGUCGCGAUUGCAGCGCUGGGCAAUUUUGUUGUCAGGAUAUAAUUAUGAAAUUGAAUACGUACCGUCGAGUAAAAAUUGUGCUGAUGCGUUAUCGAGGCUGCCGCAAGGAGGUCAUGAUCAGAAACAAAAUCCGGAAGUGACGUACCUUAAUUUUGUGGAAGAUUUUUUGCCUGUAACCAACGAGCAAGUUAAAUCGGCUACGUCACGUGACGUAACUUUAAGUAGGGUGUUGGCGUAUGUGCAGUCAGGCUGGCCAACAUCGUGUCAAGACGAGGAGAUCAAACCUUUCCUAUUAAGGCGCCACGAGAUGUAUGUAGACCGAGGUUGCUUAAUGUGGGGUUACCGGGUUGUGGUACCAACAAUUUUGAGGGAAGCAGUUCUAAAGCAACUUCACGUUAGUCAUAUGGGCAUAGUAAAGACUAAGGCCCUAGCUCGUAGUUACGUUUGGUGGCCCAAUAUUGACGCGGAUGUGGAAGCACUGUGUAGGCAGUGUGAGACGUGUGCCGCGGAGGCACCGGCGCCGGCGCAUGCACCUCCAAGCCCUUGGCCUUACUCGACGCACGUCUGGAGUAGGCUACACGUAGAUUUUUUGGGGCCAUUCAAGGGAAAAACGUUCUUAGUACUAAUAGAUUCGAGUUCAAAGUGGCUGGAAAUAUUUGAAAUGGCUAGGACGACCGCAGGGGCAGUGAUUACAGAACUAAGAGCAACUUUCGCUCGUUUUGGGUUGCCAAGAGAAUUAGUAUCAGACCAAGGUCCACCGUUCACAAGUAAUGAAUUCAAACAUUUCCUUGAAACGAAUGGCAUUAAACAGUCUUUUUCUCCAACAUACCAUCCAGCAUCGAACGGAGCCGCGGAAAAUGCUGUCAAAUUAUGUAAACGUGCGAUUAGCAAGGCUUUUAGAGAUCGUACCGAUGUCGACGCGGCACUGCAGACUUAUCUCAUGACAUACAGGAAUAGCAUACAUAGCACAACAGGGGAGAGUCCGGCGAUGCUUUUGCAGCGGCGCUCGUUACGUUCACGGUUAGAUUUGCUUCGCAGCGAGAGUGCGCUAGAGAAACGGGUUGGCGCGGCUCAGCAGCGGCAGGUCGAAAACGCAGGCGGUACGCAACGUCACUUUCGGCCUGGAGAUGCGGUCUGGGCUCGCGAUUAUACCGGUAAUGACAAAUGGGUUCAAGGUACGGUGCUGGGGGCCGAAGGUUCGCGGAGAUACACCUUAGAUAGCGGAAACGGUAGAUCUGUUCUUAGGCAUGUUGAUCAAAUCAGACGGAGAUCUAGGUUAUCGACUGUACCUUGCCCUGAAGAGCUUAACGAGACUAACGAGCGGUCGCCAGGGGCUGAGGACGGCGUCGCACGUUCUGGCCAGCAGGCGGAAGUGGGCGAGGGAAACGCGCAGCCUUCCCAAAAGGAGGAAGUAACAAUUGCUGAAACUAGGGAGCCAAAUGUGGCUUGUGUGCCUCCCCCACGUCCGUCUCCUCCACCACAGCGGCGAUCCCCGCUCAACCUCAGGCCUUUACCGAACAGAAUUCGAAGGCUAGAAAUAGAUUAA